AUGGAUCAGCUGACUGCGCUCUUCCAGGAGAUGUGGCCUCAAGGUGAAUUCCCGCAAGAUUUCAAGGACGCAACUAUCGUGCACCUUUACAAGCGCAAAGGGAAUCGCCAAGUCUGUGACAAUCACCGCGGCAUCUCCCUACUGAACAUCGGCGGGAAGAUCUACGCUCGCAUCCUGCUAAACCGCCUCAACAACCAUCUGGAACACGGCCUGCUGCCGGAAAGCCAAUGCGGCUUCCGUCGUCAUCGUGGGACCACGGAUAUGAUCUUCGCAGCCCGCCAACUUCAGGAGAGGUGCCAGGAGAUGCGGACCCACCUGUACUCUACCUUCGUGGACCUGACGAAAGCCUUCGACACGGUGAAUCGUGAAGGACUGUUGAAGAUCAUGCAGAAAUUCGGCUGUCCGGAGCGAUUCACUCAGAUGGUGCGUCAGCUGCACGACGGUAUAAUGGCGCGAGUCACGGACAACGGAGCUGUCUCAGAGGCAUUCGCAGUGACCGACGGCGUGAAGCAGGGCUGUGUGCUGGCGCCUACCCUCUUCAGUCUUAUGUUCUCUGCUAUGCUGAUGGACGCCUACCGCAACGAACACCCUUGA